AUCCAAGACAUGUAGCUCACAAGUAUCCACAUGCUCACUGACAAUUAAGUCCUUUGUGGUGCCAAAAUAACUUCGGUUAUCUCAUUUCUUUUUGCAUAAUUCAGCAGUUCGUUAUAAAUAACAACAGUAUUGUGACAACUGAUAAAGCAUAUUCUCAUAUCCAUCUCUUAUCCUUUAAUGUUCAAGAACCGACUCUCCAAUCUCUUCAAUCAGUUUUUGUAAAGUGCUAAAAAUGGGUUCAGAAGCUCCACCUCCUCCUUCUCAUCAACUUCAUGGUUUCUUUUUUCCGCUCAUGGCUUAUGGGCAUAUGAUUCCAAUGUUUGAUGUUGCAAGAAUGUUUGCUGCACGAGGAGUUAAAGCCACCAUAAUUACGACUCCUAUAAACGCCUCCACCUUCACGAAGAAUGCAGAGCGGGAUAGAUUGUCAGGUCUAGAUAUCGAUAUUCAAAUACUUCGGUUUCCUACUGAAGAAACCGGUUUGCCUGAAGGAUGCGAAAAUGUCAACGACAUAGAUGCACCUGAAAUGAUUCCUAAUUUCUUCAAUGCUGUCAACAUGCUCCAAGAACCAUUGGAGCAGCUCUUUGAGGAUUACCACCCAGAUUUCAUCGUGGCUGAUAUGUUCUUACAUUGGGCAACUGAGAGUGCAGGCAAAUUUGGCAUCCCUCGCUUUGUGUUCCAUGGAACAAAUAUAUUUUGUCAGUGCGUUGAAUAUAGCUUGAAUCUCUACAAACCUGACCAAGGUAUUGCUUCUGAUACAGAGGCCUUUGUGGUUCCGGGCCUCCCUGACAAGAUAGAAAUGACUAAGCUACAGAUGCCUGAUCACUUAAAGUUGGAUUCACCUUUUUCUGAAAUGCUUGUCAAAAUAAGAUAUUCUGAGAUAAAGAGUUAUGGAGUUUUGGUAAACAGCUUCUAUGAUUUGGAGCCAGCAUAUGCAGAUUAUUACAGGAAUGUUAUGGGAAGAACAGCAUGGCAAAUAGGCCCGGUUUCUCUCCUGAAUAGGAACACUGUAGAUAAAGCUCAAAGAGGAAAGCAAUCGGCUGUCGAUGAGCAUUAUGUCCUAAACUGGCUGGACCCCAAGGAACCAAAUUCAGUUCUUUACAUCUGUUUCGGGAGCACUUCAAGAAUGAACAAUGCUCAAUUACUUGAAAUAGCGAUGGCUCUUGAAAAUUCAAGUGUUUCAUUUGUUUGGGUUAUACGGACAACUGGGAACAACAAAGACGAGAGAUUUUUACCCGAAGGUUAUGAAGAGAGAAUGGAAGGGAAGGGUAUGAUAAUUAGAGGAUGGGCACCACAAGUGCUUAUCCUAGAUCAUACGUCCGUCGGAGGGUUCAUGACACAUUGUGGUUGGAACUCUACGCUUGAAGGUUUAAGCGCAGGAGUUCCCAUGAUUACCUGGCCUUUGUUCGCAGAGCAAUUCCACAACGAGAAACUUGUUACUCAGGUGUUGAAGACCGGAAUUCCAGCUGGAGCUGGGAAAUGGCAACAAUGGUUGGAAACAAAAGAAAUAUCAGUGCAUAAAGAAAAGAUAGAGAAGGCAAUUCAACUGUUGAUGGGUGAUGGAAAUGAAGCUAAAGAGAUGAGAAGAAAAGCCAAAGAACUAGGUGAAAUGGCUAGGAAAGCUGUAGAAGAUGGUGGGUCAUCUCACACCGAAUUUACUUCUCUGAUCGAGGAGUUGAAAGUCUCUAAAAAGGCAUCAACAUAGAAAAAACAUGCCAUUUUAGAUGCUAAUUUUGCAAUAUUUCUGAGCCUAAAUCAAUCUAGAAACGUUUUAAACUACUUUUCGGUGAAAGAACAAUACUAGCAGUAGUAUGUGUAUAUAUUGUCAAUGUUUCCAGCACAUUACCAUUGGCUACAAUUAGAAAUGGUGACAGUCAACAGACAACAAAUAUUGGAAUAAACAUGAUAAUGAUUCCAAUGA